AUGAUUAAUGAUAUGCACAAACAAGGGGUUAUCGAGGAAUCAUCAAGUUCUUGGUGUUCUCCAGUAGUAUUAAAACGAAAGAAAGACGACACUUGGAGAUUUUGUGUUGAUUUCAGAAAGUUGAACGAUAAGACAAUCAAAGAUUCAUAUCCUUUACCUAGAAUCAAUCAAACUUUAGAUAAGUUAGCUGGUAACUCUUGGUUUUCGACUUUGGAUCUUGAGAGCGGAUAUUGGCAGGUUAAGAUCCGUCCAGAGGACAGAGAAAAGACAGCUUUUUCAAUAGCUUACAGAUCUUCGAUACAUGCAACAACAGGAGUUACUCCAGCCGAGAUGGUUACUGGAUUUGACUUACGACUUCCAUUGGACCUCAUGCGUGGAUCUCCACCCACUGAUGAUCUAUUUAUCCCCGGAACCUACAUACACAAACUCAAGACUACACUCAACAAAAUCCACCAUUUUGCAAGACUCAACAUUGGAAUUUAUUCUCAAAAAACAAAGAAAACCUACAACAGAACAGCUCGAAAAGUUGAUUUUCAAGAUGAUCAAAAAGUUUGGUUUUACAAUCCUCGUUGCAUCAAGGGUAAAACACCAAAACUCUAA